GUUUGUGCGACACAGGGGCGUGCCCUGAGGCAUUGUGGGCGUAUCCUCGCCGCCACGCAUGCGCGCUGGGCGGUACCGGCGCGGCCAUGGCGCACGGGCACGGGCCCGGCCGGUGCCGCUGCUGCGGGGAGGAGGCGGCGGAGCGCGGCGCGGCCUGGGGGCUGUACCUGCGCAUCGACCGGCAGCGCCUGCAGUGCCUCAACGAGCGCCGCGAGGGCUCCGGAGCCACCGUGUUCCGCCCCUGGGAGGAGCGCGGGGACCGCUCGCAGUUCGUGGAAAGCGAUGACGACGAGGAGCUGCUCUUCAACAUCCCGUUCACGGGCAGCGUGAAGUUGAAAGGAGUCAUCGUGAUGGGCGAGGAUGACGAGACACACCCGGCCGAGCUGAGGCUGUUCAGGAACAUUCCUCACAUGUCCUUUGAUGACACAGCCAAGGAAGCAGAGCAGACGUUCAGCCUGAGCCGGGAUCCCUUGGGAGAGCUGGAAUAUCCCACCAAAAUUGCCCGUUUCUCCAAUGUUUACCACCUCUCCAUGCACUUCCCAAAGAACUUCGGAGCGGAGACAACCAAGAUUUUUUACAUCGGCCUGAAAGGGGAGUGGACGGAGGCUCAUCGCCACGAAGUCACCAUCUGCAACUACGAGGCCUCGGCGAACCCGGCCGACCACAAGCUGGAACAGAUCACCCCCCAGACUCACUUCAUCUCCUAACGGGAGCCUGCCCGGGGCAGGAACGGCUUCCCGGAGCAGCUCCGCGUUCGUGGGACGGACGCGGCGGCGCAGUGCGAGGCGGCCCCGGGGGGCGGCGGGGCCGCUCUGGAGCCGUGUGCGGGGCCGGUACCGGCUGUCACUGACAAUAAACACGCUGCGGUGCA